UUUGGCGCCAAACUAUGUUCUAGGGCUUAGGGUUCUUAGGUUUUAUCCGCCGCUGCCGUGGCCGCUCCAGCGCUCGCCAUUCGGCUCGAUUCUCCACGCCCGAUGCUUCCGCAGCCUCUUUUGCGAUGGAGGACAGAUCGCAACAGCGCCUGGCUUUGGCUACAUGAACACGAUUAGUUCUAUGGAAACAAGGGGCCUUCCAUUCCACGAUCCAAGUGGCUCCUUCCCGAUAUGUGUCUUGCAAGCCCAAGUCCUGACACCCAUCUGUAUCGACGACACGCAUGUCACGCAGAUGCCUCCUCCAGAGAAGAAGUUCUUCGCCAUCUCUGGUGGAGCUCGGUUUACCUGUGGACUUGACUAUGGCUCUCGCUUUCCACUGUGCUGGGGUAAGCUCCAGGUCCCAGCUCUUCUCCAAAACGUUAGCUACACGAGUUUGAGCUCCGGUGCAAAUCACUGCUGCGCUAUCCGGAGCAAUGACAGUAGAGUGGACUGCUGGGGAGAGGAGCUAGCGAUUGCCCUUUUGGAGGACGAAAGCCUGGUAUCUGUGUCUUCCGGGGUGGAUUUUUCUUGCGGGGUGACUCAAGGUGGAGAAGUUCUUUGCUGGGGAUACGUGCCGGAUCAAGUUCCACAGCCCAAAAACGAGAUUUUUACGUCGGUGUUCGUGGGAGGCUAUACGAUCUGCGGGGUGACGAGCUCCACAGGGGAAACACUUUGCUGGGGACAGGACUCGUCGGCUUUCGUGGUUCCCGCUGGUUACAAGUUCUCUAGAUUAGCAGGAGGAUAUCACCACAUGUGUGGGAUACGAUCGGACAAUCACCAGGUGGUUUGCUGGGGUUUGAACAAGGCUCAGCAGCUCCAAGUUCCCAGGGACGCCACCUUUUCGGCCAUUUCGGCUGGAGACAUCUACACUUGUGGGGUCACCCGGGAUGCGAAUGCAAGGCUUCUUUGCUGGGGAAACAACGCCGUCCAGUACCGGGAGAUCGACUUGCAUGUUAGCCAGGCGGUGUGCACGAACGAGUGUGGGAAAAACCAGUAUCGGGUAAACAGGACCUCCUCUCCGCAGCAGUGCCCGUCUUUGUCUGACAAGGUGUGCUUGGAGUGCUCGGCAUGCGUCGGUGUCGACUUCGAGAUUUCUCCAUGCGGAGCGGACUCUGAUCGAAAGUGUGGCAUGAUAAUCGGCAAAAACAACUUACCAGCAAGCUUCAAGGGCCCAGGGAGGAGAAAUCCAACGGGUUUGUUCUUCAUCAUGCUGCCUUUGGUCGUCACUUCGUCGCUUGGAAUCACGCUCAUAGGAGUCUGGGCUUGUCAGGAGUACAGAGAGAGACUUGUUUCAAACAAGCAGCGGCUUAGGAAGUGAUCUCUCUAUCUUCAGUGGAACUCCGGGCAGCAACAAACAAUUACAGCGAGGAGAUGAUCUUGGGGAGAGGUGCUUUUGGGACGGUAUACAAGGGAGUGCUCCAA